AUGGCGACCAACAACGAUGAGGUGAGCUCCAAGCUCUCCAGCAUGAGUCUCAAAAAGGACAAGCCAGCCAGUAAAAGCAAAGCAAAAGAAGUGGUCGACUCCUGGGAGGACGAAGACGUCUCCGAGCCGGACGAGUCGGCGACGCCGCAGGCCACCACCGCCUCAUCUCCCGCCGCGCCGCCUCCCACGCCCGCCACUCCCUCGUUCGCGUCACCGCCAGACGGUUGGGGCAGCGGCGGCGGCUCGCCGGCCGCCGCCGCCGAUGACGACCGCCAACGACCAGAGAAGACGGACGCGGUGGCGCGCCGGCUCAUUGCCGCGGGGCUCGGCCUCAAGGCGCCCAAGCAGACGGACGAGCAGCGCGCGUACCAGAAGUCGGUGCGGGAGCAGGAGAGACGGCGCAGGGACCAGGAGCGCGCCGAGCAGCGGCAAAAGGCGGAGGCGUCGGAGAAGGCAAAGGCGGCCGUGUGGGAUGAUUAG